CCAAAUACCUUGGAAAUUCUCCGUUCUGUAGAGGCUGGCGAGUGUUUCCUCGAAGUUGCAGAAGGGAGUGGCUUAAACUCGACGACAAGGAUGGAUGAAUGGACGUCAAUAUGUCACGACUUUUAUUAAGGUAAAUGCCUACGUACAGAUACAUUUUGGAUAAAAAUACCUUGCUCGAGUUUCUCGGUGUUGCUCAUGUUCAGUUAAUUUUAGAGUUUGAUGUAGAACGGAAGAGGAUGCACACAUAGUUCAGUUUAAGACAAAUCGUUAAUUGCAGCCGCCAUGACAGUUCUUGCUGGAUAACGUGACGUUAGGGGCAGCAGCGAGAAACUCGGGCUUUAUUGACAGUGUACUGAUGGCUUAUUUACUUAUUUAUUUUUAUUUAUAUUAAUAUUAUUAUUUUUAAAUUUUUUCUUAAAUAGUUAACGUAUGUGUGUUGGUUCUCGAACACUGAUAGCUUCAUAGGAACAUUUCAUAGAAAUACACUCUGUCUUAUCAGAUAACCAUGGCAAUGAUCUCCACUCCCAGACGUAAUAAAUUGGGAUACUUCUCCCGAAUAACGUCUGAGUUUUUUUUUUUUUUCACCCUUCUCCCCAAUUCAAUGUUGAUAAUUGCCAAUUGAGAGAGGCGGAGGAAGCUGUAAAUGUCCCAGCUAAUGUGUCUGGGAUUGCAGCUUGCUGAGACCCUCAGUCAGAGUGAGUUUAGCGAUCUUCGAUUUUUGUGUUAGAGCUUUUGUCGUGGAAACAAAAUUACCUGUUGUUUUUUUUCAAUUAGGAACAUCGAAAUUGUAA